GAUGCUGGUCAUAACAAUGUGCUGGAGGAAAAUAGGUCCCUCUCGUUGACAGAGAGUCUCCGCCAGCUCUCUGAACAGCUGAACGGCAUGGUCAGCCAGCCCACGGCUUACGUGAACGGAGAAAACAUCCUGCCGUCCACAGACAUGAAAGAGAUGGCGAAACAGCAGAACCAAGAAGCGGUGAAUGGGCUGGAGAAGGAGAAGAAGGGGUUUGAGCAGAAGUUUGCGAAGGAGCAAGCUGCGCUGCGAGAACAGUUACAGGUCCACAUUCAAACCAUUGGCAUCCUGGUCUCCGAGAAAUCAGAGCUGCAGACAGCCCUUGCCCACACGCAGCAGGCUGCCCGGCAGAAGGCAGGGGAAGCUGAGGACCUCGCCGCUCGGUUGCAGUCAUCUCGGCAGAGGGUCUCAGACGUGGAAUAUACCCUUUCCUCCCUCUCUACCCAACAGAAGCAGGGAGAGAAACAAAACAAAGAACUAACAAAGGAACGAGAUAACCUUAAACUGGAAGUGUAUAAGCAAAGUAAAACUAGCGAAGAACUCAAACAGCAGAAUUCCGAGUUGUCUGAGAAGCUGCACAGCCUGAUCUCUGAAAAUUCAGCCAUGAAACUGGACGUGGAGGACUUGCACAAGAAACUGGAGAUGGCAGAGCUGGUCAUUCAGCAGUUUUCAAGCCAGCCAGGGAUCUCAGAUGCUACUCAGCAGCUGCAGAUGGCACUGGAGGAAAGAGCCAACUUGGAAACCCAAAUUGCCCAGCUGUCAGAGUCCUUCCAGCAGCUGCAGGCUGAACGGGAUCAGUACGUCCUCCGGCUGAAGGAGGAAGGGGGCAUCUGGCAGCAGCGAGUCGAGCUCCUCUCCGAGCAGGUCCGGGCUCUGAUGGGCGAGAAAGAGCUCAGCGGGACUCGAAUUCAGGAGCUGGAAGCCAACCUCUCAGAGUUACUCAGCAGCCAGCCAGUGGCAAAGCCCCAGGACAGUCAGCCCCUCCCCGCGGCAGGGCCCUCGCAGACGGAGCUGCGUCUGCAGGAGGAGCUUGCUCGGCUGGAGAAGGAGAAGGAGGAGCUGCUCGGGCAGUGGCAGACGCAAGUGCGGGACAAUGAGCAGCUGAGCCACCUCAACCGGGAGCAAGAGGAGCGGCUUCAGGAGCUGGAGAAGACCCUGCAGCGCUACAGCGAGGAGGCCGUGGACAGGCAGCAGAUUCUGGAGGACAUGCAGAGCGACAAAGUGACCAUCAGCCGGGCCCUGACCCAGAACCGGGAGCUCAAAGAGCAGCUGGCCGAGCUGCAGAACGGAUUUGUCAAACUGACCAACGAGAACAUGGAGGUGACGAGUGCCUUGCAGUCUGAGCAGCACGUGAAAAAGGAGCUGGCCAAGAAGUUGGGGGAGCUUCAGGAGAAGGUGGUGGACUUCAAGGAGACGGUGGCCCAGAAGACUCACGAAGCUCAAGCCCUCCAGGAGCAGAGGGAUCAGUAUUUUACCCACCUCCAGCAAUACACGGCGGCCUACCAGCAACUGGCCACUGAGAAGGAGGAGCUGCAGAAGCAGUACCUCUUGCAGACUCAGCUCAUGGACCGUCUGCAGCACGAGGAGGUCCAAGGCAAGGUGACCGCCGAGAUGCACUUCAAGGAGCUUCAGCGAGCUAAGGAAAGCUUGGAGUCAUUUUCCAAAGAGAACAAGGAGCUCCAAGCUCAGGUCAGCCAACUCAUGGCCGAACUGGACGAAAGGAUGCUUCCGAGGGCCCAGGGGGAUGGAGUGGAAGCUGAGGAGCUUCUGGAGGACCCGACGACUUCUCAGCUCAGCAUCCCAGAGGAUUUCGAAAGUAAAGAGGAGAUGGUGGCCUUCUUGACCUCCGCUAUGUCCCAAGCGGAGGCUGAGCGGGAGGAGAUGAGGCAGCAGCUGGCAGAAAAGAAGAGGCAGUGCAGGGGCCUGUUGCAGCAGGUAGCCACGCUCAGGAAAGAGCAGCAGCUGCCACUCGCGUCCACAGGAGGUUCUGCUGCUGAUUCUGUGCCAGGAGAAGUCCACGAAGCCUUAAAAAGUGCCAUGGAGAAGCUGCAGUUCCGAUUCAUGGACCUGAUGCGCGAGAAGGCGGAGCUGAGAGAGCGGGUGGAAGAGCUGGAGCACCGUUGCAUCCAGCUGUCUGGAGAAACAGACACCAUAGGUGAAUAUAUCGCCCUAUACCAGAGUCAGAGAGCAAUUCUAAAGCAGCGUCAUCGGGAGAAAGAAGAAUACAUCAGUCGGCUGGCCCAGGACAAGGAGGACAUGAAGAUGAAGCUGCUGGAGCUCCAGGAACUGGUGAUGCGCUUGGUCAGCGAGCGGAAUGAUUGGUACACAAAAUACAUGGUGGCGACUCAGAUGGUGGAGCCCCGGCCUGCACCUGAGAGCGAUGCUGGCCUUAAGGCUGACGGGCUCUUGGAAUCGAACACUUCUGAGGUGGCAGGCCUGCGCGAAGUGAACCUGAUGGAUGAGCCGGAACAGGAAGCCAUGGCUCUGCAAUCCCGCCUAUCUCAUGGUGACGCCAAGGGUCCCCAGCCUGCUCCUCAGGACCCCACAGCCAAGCAGAUCCUGCAGCUUCUCCGUGAAAUUCAAAACCCUCGGGACCGGCUGGGCUCCCUCUUGGAAAACCCGUGCAUUCCAUUCUUCUAUCGGGUGGAUGAAAACGACGAAGUCAAGAUCAUGGUGGUGUAACCUGGGAGGGACACCGAGUGCUCCGUGCUGGGCGUCUCACAUGCCUUGGAUGCCUCAAGGGGUGCGCUGGGUAAAGCGGGGGGGAAGACUUUGAGCGUGCUGGCUACGAAUCAUGCAGAGUCAUCCAGCAAAGCUUAGAAGUGCCCCCAACCACCAGUUGAUUCUACCCACAGCCUGUGACUUUAACUCUGCGUAUCACAGUUGCUCAGCGUCUUCCCGUUCGGUUAUUCUGGGUUUAGUUAGAGCUGGUUCUGCACUUCUGUCCCUUUUGCUUUACUGCAUGGUCAACUUCAGACCGGAUCCCACAAGCCAUCUCUGGCCUUUCCCUCCAAACAGUCAGCUGGCUGUCUUUCUGGGAAAACUCUGUCUCUCCCCCUGCCCCAAAUCUUCUCCUUUUGACCCCUCAUUCAGUUCCAAUGCUUGGAUGAGCUUCUGGCUCCUUGGAGCAGAUGAUUUGAGGGUGGGAUAGAAGCUGCACUUUUAAAGAUGAUGUACUUUUUUCAUUUGGGGCGGAGGGUUUUAUUUAUUCUUAAAGAUGCAGAAGCAAAUCACGGAAAAAGAAACAGACUUGGGGGUUGAUUCCAGCUCUCCGUCAUUGGAUCUCUUUCUUCCAGGUUGGGCCAAGGUUAUUUGAAGAGUUUUAAGUAUUUUGAAAUAAAGGAUUAUUAUUCUUUCCCCCCAUCUGUGAGCCCUAAUGUGGAACUAGGCAGAAGAAUUCUUUGUGAGAGUGUAAAGAGGCGUAUCUUGCCUCCUGUUGGAAUGAAAUCGGCGGACACGUUGUGUGCUUUGCUCAAAUCCCAUUUUAGAAGGAUGCGCGUAAGUAGGCAGCAAGAAUGGUUGGGAGGUGACAUACGGCCCAAUUCUUAGCGUGAGUUCGGCUCGGAGGAAAGGGCGCCGGUGAAGUUGGUGGCUGUGCCUUCCACCAGUUGCUCAUACAACUGCAUUUUUGACAGGAGCUUCCUCCUCAGUUUUUCUAGCAAAAUUGUACAUUAAAUUGCUGCGGUCUUCCAGGUGGUAAAGCAGAAGGAACUUGACUGCAAAAAGGAGAGAACGCCCGCAAAAUCGGCACGGCCUUUGAUUUGGGUGAUCAGUGUUACUCCCUCAGUGUGUUGGGUCAGGACGCUAGCAAAAGCGGGCUUAGAGCCCCCGUUUGCACGAGUGUACAUACUGUAUCUGUGUAACAUUUUGUAUAUACCUUGAAUAAAGAAGAGUCCAUUGGCAGCAUUUCUGGCUGCUGGAAAGCUACUCAUAACCUUGUAUGAUAUUUAAAAAAUAAUUCACUUUGGUUGGGGGGGGAAGCGGGGCAGGAAUGUGAUUUACUGUAGAACAUUGUUCAAUAUUUAUUAGGUGUUGGGUUUCCAGGAAUGUGAAAAGCGGGGAGCGGAAACAAACCCUGAGAGCGAACUCUUGCAUUCUGUUGCCGAAAUAAAUUAUCCUGUUACAAAUUUUGUUCUUUCUGAAUAAACCUGUUCCACUUCA